UGACAGUUCAUCGACACGUCAACCACACGGAAGUCUAGCUGAACGAAGGACCGUAGUCUUAUCGAAAUGGGUGGUUUCUUCUCUAGCCUCUUCUCGGGCCUGUUUGGCACCAGGGAGAUGAGGAUUCUGAUCCUGGGUCUGGACGGCGCCGGAAAAACCACCAUACUGUACCGCCUGCAGGUUGGAGAGGUGGUCACUACAAUCCCCACCAUCGGCUUCAACGUUGAGACCGUCACAUACAGAAACCUGAAGUUCCAGGUGUGGGAUCUGGGAGGACAGACGAGUAUCAGGCCCUACUGGCGGUGCUACUACUCAAACACAGACGCAGUCAUCUACGUGGUGGACAGCAGCGACCGUGACAGGAUGGGCAUCUCCAAGUCUGAGCUGGUGGCCAUGUUGGAGGAGGAAGAGCUGAAGAAAGCCAUCCUAGUUGUAUUUGCAAACAAACAAGACAUGGACCAGGCGAUGACGCCCACUGAGGUGGCCAACUCUCUGGGCCUGCCCGCCCUCAAAGACAGGAAAUGGCAGAUCUUCAAGACCUCGGCCACGAAGGGCACAGGCCUGGAUGAGGCAAUGGAAUGGCUGGUGGACUCCCUGAAGAGCCGACAGUAAAGGCUUCCUCCCACUCUGUAUAUACUCCUGACCUUUGACCCUUCUGUAUGACGCCUUUGUGACUGACCCCUCCCCUCUUCCCCAUGGACCCGAGAUUGCACUCCUUUCCCACCUCAAGCCUUGGCCAAGCCCUCCCAAUGCCUAAAGCCUUUCAAGCCUGGGACUCUGAAGUGAAGGCUGCAGUAACGUCUGGAUUGGACACACCCACACACUACACACACACACACACACACACACACACACACACACACACACACACACACACACACACACACACACACUCACUCACUAUGCCCCCAUCUCUUUAAUGCUGGUGUCUUGUGUGAUUUUAAAGCAACCUCAGUGAUAGACAAGUUGGUAUCUUUAUUUUUGUGUGUUUUACAAAUACAUACAAAUGUGAAACACCUGUGAACAGACGUGUUAAAUGAAGCUAAUGUUACGAUUCUACUUUUAAUAAGGUUAUCAUUGAUUAGGAAGAAUCUAUAUGUAAGUCUUUGUGAAUAUUCCAUUUACUACAACCCUCUAGCUUUCUCAAAUAAGGUGUCUUUGCUGCAUCAGUUGGCUUCAUCUUCUAACAGAGGGGUCACGCUGUGAAGCCUGCAGAUGUCCAGAUGUCCACCAGGAGGCAGUGUUUUCCCAAAAAGACAAAUAUCAGGAGUCAGUGAGAGCUAAGUCUUGCUUCUGAUCUGAGGAAACGUCACUAUGAUCGGCUGCAUUGCAAACUCAUUAGACAAUUGUAUUACCGUAUGCUGGACUAGCCAAGCAGCACUGAAUGCCAAUAUUUAGUGCAGCACAUUUUCAAUCCAACAUAUCUCGAUGUAAACAGUCUGCUGGCUUGAAUGAAAUGUUUGUGGUUUCUUUCUUAGAAAUUUGGACUCUGGUUUAAAAAAAAAAAGUACUCCAUUUCCACUAUGUGUCCUCUGGCCGAGUGUUACUGCAGCCUGGGCUGUUUUUGUACAACACCGUCAGGCAGAUACAAUGUCAUGGAUUUCUAUUGUAGUUUUUUUCCUCCUGUUCAUUUGUGUUGUUCCCACUAUUUUUUAAAUAAGUAGUUAAAGCCUUUUUUCCAUUGAAAUCCUUGAGUGCAGCUUUGGCAUAUUAGUCAUCGAGUUACUGAACACUAACUGUAUGCUCAAAGUUUUAUGGUUGCAUAUUUAUAUCUGCUUGUACAGUGAAAAUGAUUCUCAGUAAAGAUUGCUAUCAGUGAUUGUA